CCGACGACAGAUAAGAAUGGGGCUUGAUAAGAUAGUCAAAAGGGUAAGAUAUAUCAGCAUCAUGGUCGGCUAUCACAUCUCAGUUUGUGGCAAGAUGCCAAUCUUUGUAAGCGCUUAUAAUCUACGAGCGAUCAGCAAGUAUUAUGCUCACCAAGAUCAAAGUGGACUGGACAAAGUGUGCCACUUGACCAAUCAUCUACGAACUUUUAUCUUGGCUAAGCUCUAUUGUAUGUUUUUUGUCCUAUAUUUCGCUACGAUAGCACGCCGAAGUCCAUCACCAGCUGGGGUCUCCCAGUCUUCUUAUGGUAGUUUUCGAUCAACAGACGAUAUCCGCAUUCGAGUCGACGAGGAUUGCGGUGUCAGCGAAUCCACCCCCUUGCUCGUAGCUACCCAGAGAUCCAACAAAUCACCCUCAGGCUCCAUAGCCACCACCUCCUCGUCGUCGCCAUCCUCCGGAAAUCCGAGCCUCUAUAAAGACUGCUUUAAUUGGCGCUCGGUGGGACUAUUGGUCAUGUGUGCCUCCGCAUUGGGACUGGCCAUGUAUUUACUAUGGAGACAAACCCAAAUGCCGGACUUUGGCUACCGACUCAGUCUCAUAGAGCAUGAUGUAUGGUCGGAUGUCAAUCUUCAUGGUCAGGGAGCUGUAUUGGAUCCGGUUAAUGUCUUUAAUGUGAUUUUUACUCACACGGAGGGUAACGAGUGUGUAGACGACUGCACGGAAGUAUUACACAAGAUGCAGAAGUCUCAUUCGGAGGAGCUACCCUACAACUUCCUAGUCGCCGGGGACUGUCAAGUUUUUGUGGCCCGAGGGUGGCAGUAUGAAAACAACUUCACAAGAGAUCUGCCAGGAAAUAGUUCCCUAGUUAUGGCCUUCGUGGGAAACUUUAGCCGGAGGACACCUAUAAAGUGUCAAUUGAAAUCAGCCCAAGCUCUUAUCUUAGAAUCGCUGAAACGCAGAAAAUUGCAAUCGGACUACCAACUAUAUGUGGUGGGCAGCAAUUUGGAGGCAGUGGAGGGGGAGCUAAAAUACUGGCCACAUUAUGUUAGCCACCGAAGGACAAAGUGAAUCCAAUGUAUAACUUUCCAA